UUGUCGAAUUGUUGGACAAAUAUCAGGAAUUUUCUAUUACAAAUAUGUCAGUAGAUGUGAACACGCAAACAAGACCGGGUAAUUCAGAAUCAGCAAAUGCUAAGAAACAUGAAGUAUUCGAACAACCAAUGGAUGUGCUUCUACAUGCUAUCGAACAGGGUAAUGUAUCAAUAGUGGAAUCUUUCAUCAGCAAAGGAAUUAAUAUGAGUGUGCAACUUGAUAACGGAAAGACUCCAAUUCAUGUGGCUGCUAGGAAAGGUCAUGUGGUAGUUGUGAAAUUUCUCAUCCAACACGGCGCCGAUAUCAAUGCUCAAACCCAAGAUAGAGAGACAGCACUUCAUAUGGCUGCAUAUCAAGGACAUGCGGAAAUAGUGAAAUUUCUCAUCGAACACGGUGCCAACAUCAAUGCUCAAACCAAGGACGGAUGGACAGCACUUUUUAGGGCUGAGUGGCAAGGACAUGCGGAAAUUGUGAAAUUUCUCAUCGAACACGAUGCCAACGUCAAUGCACAAGACAAGGACGGAUAUACAGCACUUCAUUUGGCUGUACAGGAAGGUCAUGUGGAAGUUGUUAAAUUUCUUAUCGAACACGGUGCCAACGUCACUGCUCAAACCAAGAAUGGAUAUACACCAAUUUAUUGGGCUGCACAGCAGGGACAUGCGGAAAUUGUAAAAUUUCUCAUCGAACACGGUGCCAACAUCAAUUCUCAAACUCAGGAUGGAUGGACAGCACUUCAUAGGGCUGCACAGCAGGGUCAUUUGGAAGUUGUUAAAUUUCUCAUCGCACGCGGCGCCGACCUCAAUCUUCAAACUCAGGAUGGAUGGACAGCAUUUCAUUCGGCUGCAUGGCUGGACAAUGCGGAAAUGGUUAAAAUUCUCAUCGAACAUGGUUUCUAUGUCAAUGCUAAAACUCAGGAUGGAUGGACAGCACUUCAUUUGGCUGCAUGGCGGGGACAGACGAAUGCUGUUCGAGAACUUAUUAAUAAUGGAGCCAACAUCUUUGCUGAGGACGAACAAAGAAAAUCACCAAUAGACCUUGCAAACGAAAAAGGGCAGAAGAAUACUUUUAAAAUACUUAAAGAUGCCGCUGCCAAAAUUCGGAAUAAAGUGCCUGCAUGGCCUUUCGUGUUGUCUUUCAUUUUUAUGAUUGCGAUUUUAUUGGUUGCGAUAUAUCACAUUUUUACCUCACUUCGCAAUCGACUGCGGCUAGGAAAAUUGAUUGGUCGUGGAAAUUUCAGUGAUGUGUACAUUGGAGAACUGUUACCAAUAAACCCAUUUUCCCAAAAGAAAAAAGUUGUUAUAAAAUCGAUUAAAGCCAGCGAAGGAACUGAUCCAAAAUUCACGGGAAUAGCUGAACUUUUGGCGGAGAUAAACAUUGUAAAACGUUUACCCAAACAUCGCAAUGUUGUUGGUUUUAUUGGGGCAGUGGGCACUAGGAACGCACUUAAAGGUGGAAUAAAGAUCGUUUAUGAGUUCUGUCCAUAUGGUGAUCUUAGCAGUUUCUUGAAGAAAAAUAGACAAUCGGCUGUUAGCCAAUGUGAGACAAACGAGAAGACAAUAGGCGAUUAUGUUGGAAGUUCCGAAUAUAUAGAAGAGAAUCCAAAAGAGAAAUCUGAAAAAUCAUUUGAUUCACCUCUAACACCCACCUUCCCAUUUACAACAACGGAUCUGCUUAAUUGGUCUGUUCAAGUGGCGAGCGGAUUGCUAUCUUUGGCUUCAAAUGAACCUCCCAUCAUACACUGUGAUUUAGCUGCUAGAAACAUCUUGCUUUGCGAGAAUAAAACGGUUAAAAUCGGUGAUUUUGGCCUAUCACGGAGACUGAACGGAAAAGGAUAUUAUAAAAAAACGUCAUGGGCUCCUGAUCCAGUUCCAUGGAUGGCCAUCGAGUCACGUCCAGAACACGGAACAGAACAGAAAUUCAGUGUAAAAUCUGACGUUUGGUCGUUUGGUGUCGUAAUUUGGGAAUUAUAUUCAGAAGGAAUCGAUCCAUAUUACUAUACGAUGGACCAAUUGAAAAGUAGCAUCCGAUUGCGAAAACCAGAAAAGGCUACGGAAGAAAUUUAUAGCCUUAUGAUAUCUUGCUGGAAGGAAGAUUCAAAAGAUCGCCCAACAUUCGAUCAUUUAGAGAAAGCACUUUCGAACAUGUAUUCGGAUGUACUGAAACGUGAUGGAGUCAGAAAUAACGACAAUGGAAGAUUAAUGACCGUGACAGUAGAUGCAGCGAACUUAAGAGUCAGUGCAAACGUAAGCUCAUUGGAGAAGACAUCCGAUGCAACAGAAGAUAGUGAUUCCAGUUCGAGCUAAAAUUCACCUUUAUAAUAAUCAAUACAGUCUUCCUUAUCCAACAAGCAGUUAUGUGAUAAUUACAACGAAACAUGGAACAGAUGGGUGAAAUUUUUCCUAACAAACUAUAUCUGCAAAAAAAAUUGGAAAAAAGAGAAAAGGAAAGAGAAAUGCAUUGAAAACGAGCGCAAAUAAAAAGAAUUACAUUGGUAAUCCCGAACUUUUCCGUACCGUUGGCCUGCGUUGUCCGUAGGUACUUUUGGUUAUUUUUUGUGAAUUUUCUUGAAAU